CAAGCUGGUGGACGGUACGGACAUGCCCAUUGCCAAUGCAAACAUCACACUGAGCAUUGGGCCAUUUGUGAGGGAGGUCGAAUAUACAACCGAUGCCUGGGGACAAGCAGAGAUUUCCGUAGACACGACUAACUUUACCAUGCGCUUUGUUCAUAUUGAGGCCUACUAUAAGUGUAGCAGUUCGUGUGGGAGUGAAUGGGUCAAAGAUCACCAGUGUGGCCAUCACACAGCAAAGCGCUUUUACUCUGCAAGUGAAAGCUACCUCCACAUUGAUUCCAUUCUGGGAACAGUGAACUGUGAUGAGGUCCCACCACCCUCACAAGCAUGCUUGGUGGAAACAUGGGAGAGGGCCUUCUUGGUGGCUAUCCCAGUGCUCUGGAAUUCCCUUCCCAAAUACAUGUAA